CCCUAAAGCAACCUCAAUUGACUCAUUCAAGAAGGGUUUAGACAACUAGAGAAAUUUGAUUAAAAUGGGUUUACAUAGGCUUCAAUCCAUCUAUACUCAGUCAACAAAUCUGAUUCUGAAAGCAGUGAUAACUUUGAACUGUUGUUGUCCCAAUUGAGGCUUAUUCAGUUGUUGCGCUACGAUGCCGCGGGAUAUUAUUACUUUACAGUUGGGACAAUGCGGGAAUCAAAUUGGAAUGGAGUUUUGGAAGCAGCUGUGCGCUGAACAUGGGAUUAGCCCUGAAGGGACGCUUGAAGAAUUUGCCACCAGUGAUACUGACCGCAAAGAUGUAUUUUUCUACCAAGCAGAUGAUGCCCAUUAUAUUCCUCGUGCUGUCUUAUUAGACUUGGAACCACGUGUAAUCAAUGCAAUCUUAUCUUCACCGUAUGCUCGACUAUAUAAUCCAGAAAAUGUUUAUUUAUCUAAACACGGAGGUGGUGCUGGAAAUAAUUGGGCAGCUGGAUUUACACAAGGUGAAAAAUUAGAAGAAGAGGUCUUUGAUAUUAUUGAUCGUGAAGCUGAAGGAAGUGAUAGCUUGGAAGGCUUCGUUAUGACUCACUCUAUCGCUGGAGGAACAGGAUCUGGAAUGGGUUCAUUUAUCCUCGAACGUCUUAAUUCACACUUUCCGAAGAAACUUAUUCAAACUUAUUCAGUUUUCCCAAACUUAGAAGAGACUAGCGAUGUUGUUGUUCAACCUUAUAACAGUUUGUUAACAUUGAAACGUUUGACUUUGAAUGCUGACUGUGUGGUUGUUCUGGAUAAUACUGCUCUACACCGGAUAGCUACAGAUCGUUUACACAUUGAAAAUCCAUCAUUUGCACAAAUCAACCAGUUGGUUUCCAAAGUAAUGUCUGCAAGUACAGCCACACUACGGUAUCCAAGUUAUAUGAACAAUGAUCUAAUCGGUUUAAUUGCUCCACUGACGCCUACUCCACGAUUGCAUUUCUUAAUGACUGGUUAUACUCCACUGACAACAGAUACGGAAGUUGCAACAGUAAGACGUACAACUGUAUUUGAUGUUAUGAGGCGUUUAUUACAACCUAAAAAUAUGAUGGUUUCUACUCCAACACAGCGUGGUGUUAGUCAUUGUUAUGUUUCAAUAUUAAAUAUUAUACAAGGAGAAGUAGAUCCUACUGAAGUACAUAAGUCAUUGCAGCGUAUUCGAGAACGUCGUAUGGCCCAAUUUAUCCCUUGGGGUCCAGCCAGUAUUCAAGUUGCGUUGUCUAGGCGAUCUCCAUAUGUGCAAACACCACAUCGUGUUAGUGGUCUUUUGCUUGCAAAUAACACAAGUAUAUCUACUUUGUUUCUACGUACUUUAGCUCAAUAUGAUAAAUUACGUACUCGUGGUGCCUUCAUUGAACAGUUCCGUAAAGAGGAUGUGUUCCGUGAUGAUCCUGAUUUGAAGGAAUUUUCUGACAGUAGACAAGUAGUUCAUAACCUAAUCGAAGAACAUAGUGCAGCAACUCGACCAGAUUAUGUUCACUGGGGUGCUCAACGAGCUGCAGCCGUAGCUGCAACACAAGCGGCAGCAGCAGCUGCUGCAGCUUCUUCAAACACUUGAACUCUGCUCAUAUCCCUUUUCAUAAGUCACAUUUUUAUACUUGUGAACAAGGUUUUAAACCCUUUUAUAUGUGUUUUUUCAACUUUUUCUAUGAUCACCUUUUUUCAAAUUUUAGACCUGUUGUAUAUUUUGUUUUCAUUCUGGUUACGUUUAUAUAUUAGAAACAAUUUUAACUCUGUUAAUUUUCAAACAUAUCACUGUGCAUAGAUAUGAAACAAGAUUAUACAUAUAUGUGUAAAAAUGUGUUGCUGAUUUGCUUCUAUACCUAAAUAAAACGGAACAAGUAGUUCAGUAUUUGAAGAAAAAAAUAAAAUGUACAGAUAUUUAUGCCGCCAUUAUUGACUUUCCACUGUAAUACUCAAGUCCUUGAGAAUUCCAAUCAGGAAGUCUUUACUUCCU